AUGGUUCAGCACUCAGACCUGAUCGAAGAUUCUCGGGAAACAAAGCAACAUAUUUUAGAAGCGCAAUCUCAACUCAUUCUACGUCUCAAGGUUCGACUUAAAGAGAUACUGGCGCUGUUGGAAAUCAAGUCCUCUUCGAUUCCCUCGGAUUCCUCCCUGCAUGGGACCCAACGAGCGAAGCCACCCCACCCUGAGGAAAAACGCCAGUUAUUGGCUGAGGCUAAGCGCAUCCAAUCAGAGCUGCAAGCCGCUUUGUCUAAACACAAGAAACACUUGUCAUGCGCAACCUCCAUCAGGACAGAACCGUCUACUAUUGGAACCACUGCUAUAAGCGCUGUUGCACUUCAAGUUCUUCCGGAUGCUCUUGCGACUGAGCGCAGAAAGCUAAUUGCAGAGGUUCGCGCCACAUUAAAACAAGUUGAAGACGAUAUUGCUGCUCUUCUUUCGAAAGGCGAAUCUGUAGUCGAGGAAAGACGCAGGGUUCUUGAAUUAAAACGUCAGCUCGUCGAGCUGGAGACUGUUCGCCCUUCGGACCUCACUGCCUCUGCGAAUGAAACGGGUUCAGGAACCGUUGACCCCAAUGAGUUUUAUCCUUCCCGAACUCAAACGAAAUUGGACAAACGGCCACGCACACUUUUCGUUUCUGGGCUUUUAUCGGAGGACCUGGGAGAUUUCCAGAAUGCAUUAGCUCUUAACUAUCUUCACACGCAGCAAACAGUGAAACAUGUGGACGCCAUCAAUGGCCAACCCGUUUUAGAAAUUACCUUUUGCACUCGCGACUUCGCUGAAGCAACUGUGCGCCUAUUUCAUCAGUUUCAUGGUCGACCGAUUCAAGUGAGCUUCUCCGCUCCUCCACUGGCAAAACCUGGUCUUUCUCUUACAACUACUCUCUCAAACACCGUCGCCGCAGACAACUCGUUAUCGUCCCUGGUGUCCUCUACCCAAGCUGAAUUGCCCUCGGAGCUUAGCCCGUUUUCGAGCAAGCAUCACGUCUUCAGCCAUUCCACCCAUUCCAGUCCGACAUCUACGACCGUGCCCACUAGCGAUAUGUAA